AGGGACCCGGGCCGUGUCCCCUCGCUGAGCUGGGGUCGGAUUCGUGCCUGCCCCCCUUAACGCUGCGAUAAUCAAAGAACAUCGGAGCGCUGCCCGCGGGGUCAGUGUCUGCUUACCCACCUCCCCACCCCGCCUUCCCCGCUGCUCCUUCGGCAGUGACGGCCUUUGCUCGUCGGUUUAAAGGUGCUGAGCCCUGUUACGCACGGCGGCCCCGCAGCGCAGCACUCCCGCAGCUGGGCAAAGCCUCCGGGGGGCGGACGUGGGGUGCGGGGCUCGCAGCUCCCCGUGGGCCGAACUCCCCCCGCCGCCCGAGCAUCGCUCGCCGCGCUGCGCUCGACCCCGGUCCCCACGGGGGCGCUGCGGGAUCCCGGCUGCUCGCGGGGCUGCGGGCCCGGCUCCGUGCUGGGGGACCGCCGCUGCCCGCCCGCCGCUGCCCGGCCCUGCGCACCGGCCCCAGUGCCCAUGGCUCCGUACCGCAUCCGGCUGUACCGCGACGAGGACUACGCUGCCGUGCGCUCCCUGUUUGCCCAUGGCAUCAUCGAGCACGCGCCGGCCAUCUACAGGCACAUGCUGCGCUCCACGCGGGUGCAGCUGGGGCUGCUGGCCCUGUUCACGGCCGUGCGUGCCGCAGCUGGCAGCUGGCUGCUGGCACUGGCAGCCGUGGCGCUGGUGCUGGCGGCCACCUGGCCCAUGAUGCGUUCCUUCAGCACGUCCUACGUGCAGGAGGCGCUGAUCACUGAUCUGUGCGACAUCGACAGCAGCUACAUGCGGGCACCCGACUCCUGCUUCUGGGUGGUGGAGGCCGACGGGGCGGUGGUGGGAAUGGUGGCUGUGGCCCCGCCGCAGGACCCGGCUCAGCGCGGGGAGGCCCUGGAGCUGAAGCGGAUGUCGGUCAGCAAGAAUCACCGCGGCCACGGCAUCUCCAAGGCGCUGUGCGGGGAGGUGCUGCGCUUCGCCCAGGCGCGGGGCUACAGAGCUGUGAUGCUGUACACCUCCAUAGUGCAGGUGGUGGCCCAGCGGCUGUACGAGAAGCAGGGCUUCAGGAAGGUGGGUGCCAGCAGCCCCUCGCUGCUUGCCAGCCUGGUCUCCUUCCAGAUCUUCCAUUACCGCCUCGAGCUGCCCGGCCGCCCAUAGGGCCUUCCCUGUUCCUGUAGCACUGAGAAAUAAAGAGAGACUGUGGGAA